AUGAGUGGUGCGAAUGAGAAUAACGUUGCGUCAACUAAAUAUUUAGGAAUCACUCAACCUGUUUCUAUUGCUUUUCCUACAACGAAAGAUGCAGAACGUACUAAGCAGCUGAAAGAGCGUUUGAUAUCAUAUAAUUAUUAUGAUACACAAGAAGAUGUGAACGCACGUUUAGAAGUAUUAUGUUCAAUUAACUCUAUUGUCCAAAAAUGGAUACGAGAGAUUUCAGAGCGCAAGCAAAUGCCUAGCUCUGAAAUUGAAACUGUUGGCGGAAAGCUUUAUACAUUCGGUUCAUAUCGACUGGGUGCUCACACUCGUGGAGCUGAUAUUGAUUUGCUGUGUGUGGUUCCUCGUCAUGUCAAUAGAUCAGAUUUUUUUUCUUCUUUUUAUGAUCUACUUAAACAGGACAGGAAAACAAGGAAUUUACGCGCAAUUCAGAAUGCAUAUGUUCCUGUGAUAAAAUUAAAUUAUUCCGGAAUUGAAAUGGAUAUUUUGUUCGCAAGGCUAGCGUUGACAAGGAUACCAGAUGAUCAAAAAUUAGAUGAUUCAGUUUUGAAAAAUGCUGAUAAAGAAACGAUCCGAUCCUUAAAUGGGUAUCGUGUGGCUGAUGAAAUAUUACGUCUUGUACCGAACGUUGAUACGUUCACAUGGACUUUACGUGCUGUGAAAUUAUGGGCAAAAAACCAUGGGAUAUAUUCUAAUAUGAUUGGUUUCCUUGGUGGUGUUUCGUGGGCAAUUCUUGUUGCUCGAACUUGCCAACUUUAUCCGAAUGCUGCUCCUUCUACUUUGCUUGAGAAAUUUUUUCUGCUAUAUAGCACAUGGAAUUGGCCACAACCAAUUAUGUUGAAAAGCUGUGAUAAAGAGUUAAAAUCCUUUGAAUAUUCAUUGGCUUCAGAACUCCAGUGGGACCCUCGUGUCCACCCGAAUGAUAGGUAUCAUUUAAUGCCAAUUAUAACUCCAGCUUUUCCUGAACAAAAUUCGACUCACAAUGUUACUAAUUCAACUCGACAAAUUAUCAAAAAUGAAAUUGUUGAUGGUCUUAAAACCAUGGUUGCAAUUAAUAAUGGAAAAGCAGAUUGGUCUUUGCUAUUUAGUGAAGUUAAUUUCUUCUCACGUUACAAACAUUUCUUGGCUUUACUUUGCACGGCGAAAAAUGAGGAAGAUCAUUUGAUAUGGAGCGGAUUUGUAGAAUCGAAAAUUCGUCAUUUAAUUGCCAGCCUUGAACGAAUGCCGUCUAUACUGUUAUGCCAUCCUCAUCCGGAUCAUUUUAAGCCAAUUAUUGAACUUUCUCCUGAUAUAGCCGAUUCGUUAGUUCUUUUUGAUUCAAAAUUGAUACAAUUGUUUUAA